ACUAAUGACCUGCAGCACAACAACAGUGGAAAAGAAACAUGGCGACGCUCUUCUGAUGCUCUCCUUGUCAUUCAGGAAACGUAUUUACCGAGGAACAGGAACACGGCAGUGCACAGCAAGACAUGUCUUUUUUCUGAAUUCUUUUCUGAAAGUGUUUUUGUGUCCUGCAGCGAGGUGUCAGUUCGUCAUGUCCCGGCUUGCGGUGGUGUGUGGGGGCUCCAGGGGGAUUGGGAGGGCCGUGUCCCGCCUGCUGGCAGAGAGAGGCUGUAGGCUGGUUGUCGUCUCCAGGAACCAAGAGGCUGCCGGAGCCACUGUGGCGUCUCUACAUGGAGCGGACCACAUGGCUCUCAGCUGUGACGUCUCUAAAGAACAGGAGGUGCAGAAAACCUUCCAGACCAUCCAGAAAACCUGCGGAAACAUCUGUUAUCUGGUGAACGCAGCCGGCAUCAGCAGGGACGCUCUGUUACUGCGGGCCGGGCCGGAGGACAUGCUGGCGGUGCUGCACACUAACCUGCUGGGCUCCAUGCUGACCUGCAGGGCGGCGCUGCGCAGCAUGCUGCACACACAGGGAGCCGCCAUCGUUAACAUCGGCUCAGUUGUGGGUGUGAAGGGGAACGUGGGUCAGUGCGUGUACAGUGCCAGUAAAGCCGGUCUGCGGGGCUUCACACGCUCUUUGGCUAAAGAAGUGUCAUCACGUAACGUCCGAGUGAACCUGCUGUGUCCAGGAUUCAUCCGCACUGACAUGACCGCGGCCCUGCAGGAGGACGCCGUGCGCUCCGUCCCUCUGGGGAGGUUCGGCGAGCCGGAGGAGGUGGCGCAGGCCGUCCUCUUCCUCCUGCAGUCUCCCUACAUCACCGGGCAGGAGCUGGUGGUGGACGGAGGCCUGCAGCUGCUCAUGUAGACAAACUUACUGUGUCUGUUUACUGUUUAAUGAUGGAGGAGCAUCAGACUGAAGUUACACCAGAGAAGAAGAAGAAUCUCCUACUGUUGAUGUUAAAGUUUAAUAAAGUUUCCUGCAGAAAAGUCUUUAAA